UCAGUGCAGUAGAUGUACCACCUGUCUUUUACCAACAUCGAAAAUUGACACGAUGGCCAAGAAACAAUCCGUAAGAAGUAGGAACUUUAGAAGAUCCGAUCCUGCAGAAGACGACAGGAUCGAAAGAUACUCUACUGGUGAAGAAAAGCCUCAAAGUGUAAAAGAAAGAGUUUCUAAAGAAAUCGCGACCAUUGCCCUGCGUUCCGGAAAUUCAGGAGAAAAUGGCGUUAGCAAGAAGAAGAGGCAAAAAAAGGAUGUAAACAAGAAUCGAAAAGAAAAGCUGGAAGCAGCUAUGAAGGCACAAGCUCGGGAAGAGCGUCUGGAAACUAAAGUUUCAAAAGCACAAAAGAAACACGAGAAACUAAAGCAAAGAAGGAAGGGAGACGAUGAGCAGGAAUAGAUUCGGAAGCUUUAAAUAAGGAAUACACUAUGGGUAAUGGAUAACUAAGGGUUUUUUUUUGGUUGUAUUACAAUUUUAAUUUUGGUUUCCUGAGCAAGUUGGUUGCUUCUGUAUUGGCAAGAAAAUUAGACGCCUUUCGUAUUGUGGCAUGAAGGAGUAUAAAUUUAUGCUGAACAUUACGGUCGCCGGUUUUGAAAUUUAAAUCAAAAACUUACAAAGUACAUUAUACUUUCUGGGUCUAUAUUUAUGCGAAAUGCUUUCCUGGUGAGUUUUUGCUAACGUUUAAAGCAUACUUAUUUCGCUUUGUUUGCCUUGUUAGUCAGCUGGCACUAACUGAAAGGAUUCGCUUUAUUUUUUCUUGGCAUGUUUUAAUCAUAUUUUCCUUUUCUGUUUAUGAACAGUAAUGAAAUACGUGGGCGAAUAUGAUAAAAAUUAAUAAUA